CAAACCAUGAAUUAUGUGGGACAGCUGGCUGGGCAGGUGAUUGUCACUGUGAAGGAACUCUACAAGGGCAUUAACCAAGCCACUUUGUCUGGAUGCAUCGAUGUCAUUGUGGUGCGACAACAAGAUGGCACCUAUCAGUGCUCGCCUUUUCACGUUCGGUUUGGGAAGCUGGGCGUCCUGAGAUCCAAAGAGAAAGUGAUUGACAUAGAAAUCAAUGGCGAUGCAGUGGAUCUUCACAUGAAGUUGGGUGACAAUGGGGAAGCUUUCUUUGUGGAGGAGACUGAAGAGGAAUAUGAAAAGCUCCCUGCUUACCUUGCCACCUCACCAAUUCCUACUGAAGACCAGUUCUUUAAAGAUAUUGAUGCCCCUUUGGAGAAAUCUGGUGGAAAUGAAAGAUCAUCUCAGAGUUCAGACAUCUCACACAUCUUGGAAACAGAAACGGUUUUCACUUCAAGUUCUGUGAAAAAGAAAAAACGAAGGAGAAAGAAAUGCAAACAGGACAGUAAGAAGGAAGACCAGACUGCUUCCGCUGCCGCAGAGGAUACCAUGGAUGUGGAAAUGAGCUCUGAUGACGACAAGGGGGUCCAGUCAGCAAGAGGAUCUUCAAAUGCUUCCUUAAAGGAAGAUGAAUAUAAGGAACCUUUGCUCUUCCAUUCUGGGGAUCACUACCCCUUAUCUGAUGGAGACUGGUCCCCUUUAGACAAUCCCUAUUCCCCAGGAGCAGUGUGUCCUAAGAGUGAUUCAGAGCUGGAGGUGAAACCUGCUGAGAGUCUGCUCAGAUCUGAGUCCCACAUGGAGUGGACGUGGGGUGGGUUCCCAGAGUCUACCAAGGUCAGCAAAAGAGAGAGAUCUGACCAUCAUCCUAGGACAGCUACAAUUACACCAUCAGAAAAUACCCAUUUUCGGGUAAUUCCCAGUGAGGACAACCUCAUAAGUGAAGUUGAGAAAGAUGCUUCCAUGGGAGAAACGGUCUGUACCAUAGUGAAACCCAAACCCAGAGCCCUGUGUAAGCAGAUAAGCAGUGCGACUUCCGCUGCAGAACUUCUUGAACCUCCCCUGGAGCAGCCUCAGAUUUCAUCUAUGUUAGAUGCAGACCACCUUCCUAACCCAUCAUUGGUGGAGGCCCCCUCAGAAUCAAAACCUGCAGUGAAAGUAGACUCACCAUCAAAGAAGAAAGGUGUUCACAAGAGAAGCCAGCACCAGGGACCUGAUGAUAUUUACCUGGAUGACUUAAAGGCUUUAGAACCUGAAGUUGCAGCCCUCUAUUUCCCUAAGAGUGAAUCGGACCCUGGCUCCCGGCAGUGGCCUGAGUCUGACACGCUCUCCGGCUCCCAAUCCCCACAGUCUGUGGGAAGUGCGGCUGCAGAUAGUGGCACCGAGUGCCUCUCCGAUUCUGCCAUGGACUUGCCUGAUGUCACCCUCUCCCUUUGUGGGGGUCUCAGUGAAAACGGAGAGAUUUCCAAAGAAAAAUUCAUGGAGCAUAUAAUUACUUAUCACGAAUUUGCAGAAAAUCCUGGGCUUAUAGACAAUCCUAACCUUGUAAUACGGAUCUAUAAUCGUUAUUAUAACUGGGCUUUGGCUGCUCCCAUGAUCCUUAGCUUGCAAGUAUUCCAGAAGAGUCUGCCAAAGGCCACGGUCGAGUCCUGGGUCAAAGAUAAGAUGCCAAAGAAGUCUGGUCGCUGGUGGUUUUGGCGUAAGAGAGAAAGCAUGACCAAACAGCUGCCAGAGGCCAAGGAAGGGAAAUCCGACGCGCCACCAACCAGUGACCUGGCAUCGAGCACAAAGGAGCCAGCCAGUGGCAGGCCGGCUGAGGAUGACUCAUCGAGCGAUGAGGGGUCACAGGAGCUUGAAGAGUCCAUCAAGGUGGACCCUGUUCCCACAGAGCCCCCGAGUUAUGGCAGCACAACCUCAUAUAAGAAGUCUCUUCGACUCUCUUCAGAUCAGAUUGCAAAACUGAAGCUCCAAGAUGGCCCAAAUGAUGUUGUGUUUAGUAUUACAACCCAGUAUCAAGGUACCUGCCGCUGUGCGGGAACCAUUUACCUGUGGAAUUGGAAUGACAAGGUCAUCAUUUCUGAUAUUGAUGGAACGAUAACCAAGUCUGAUGCCUUGGGGCAGAUUCUUCCACAGCUGGGUAAAGACUGGACUCAUCAGGGUAUAGCAAAGCUCUACCAUUCCAUCAAUGAGAAUGGCUACAAGUUUCUCUACUGCUCUGCUCGUGCCAUUGGCAUGGCUGACAUGACCCGUGGCUACCUGCACUGGGUCAAUGACAAGGGCACAAUCUUACCUCGGGGCCCUUUGAUGUUAUCCCCCAGCAGCUUGUUCUCAGCCUUCCACAGGGAAGUGAUAGAAAAGAAGCCAGAGAAGUUCAAAAUUGAGUGUCUAAAUGAUAUCAAGAAUCUGUUUGCCCCAUCUAAGCAGCCCUUCUAUGCUGCCUUUGGAAACCGUCCAAAUGAUGUCUAUGCUUACACACAAGUGGGAGUUCCAGACUGCAGAAUAUUCACCGUGAACCCCAAGGGUGAAUUAAUACAAGAAAGGACCAAAGGAAACAAAUCCUCGUAUCAUAGACUGAGCGAGCUCGUGGAGCACGUUUUCCCGCUUCUCAACAAGGAACAAAACUCUGCCUUUCCCUGCCCAGAGUUCAGCUCCUUCUGCUACUGGCGAGACCCGAUCCCCCAAGUGGACCUGGAUGACCUGGCGUGAAGUGGCACCUCCCAGGGAGGUCCUUAGGAAUGUGCCCCAUAGCAAGGGAAGGUGACCAGCACUUCUGGACAUAGGCCACUGGGCUACCCUCCAAGCCACAGGUGCAGGACAAGACACGUAUUGACAGCUGGACACCAGCAGGCACCAGGAGAGCUCCUGGAGCUGGAACCGUUGUAUUCCUUUCCCUUCCCAGGCCUGGCAGGGUUGCCGUUCGGAGCCCUGAGCAGGCAGGCAGGCGAGGAGCUUGGACCUGCGGUGGGAUGCCUAGGCUCCUAUUACUAGUCGUCGUCACACAUGUGCUGUGUCAAGUGUGUGCCGGUGCUCCUUUAACUGAAUAAUUUAAAAGGAAGAAAAAAGCUAAACAAAAGGGGACCAAAACAUGUAUAAAGUAAAGUGUUAUAAUUUCCA